AUGGAUAAUAAAAUGUUGCCUCACCACAAGUACAGUUAUAUCCCCAAGCAAAACAAAAAGCUCAUUUAUGAGUACUUGUUCAAAGAGGGAGUUAUCGUCGUUGAGAAGGAUGCCAAGGUCCCUCGACACCCCCACCUUAAUAUGCCCAACCUCCACAUCAUGAUGACACUGAAGUCACUCAAGAGCAGGAACUACGUUGACGAGAAGUACAACUGGAAACAUCAGUACUUUAUAUUGAACAAUGAGGGCAUUGAAUACCUAAGGGAGUUUCUUCACCUGCCUCCAUCGAUCUUUCCCGCUACUCUGUCAAAGAAGGUCGUCAAUCGGGCCCCCAAGAUGGAAGAGGAAUUUUCUAGAGAGUUGAGACAACCAAUGGGAAGGGGUCGAUCAUACGACAAGAGAGCCUUUGAAUAG